GACUCAUAAAAGUUGGACGAAUUAUCUAAGGAUGAAAAGUGAAACUGAUUCUUUUAAUCAAGCAAAAAUUAUUAUUGGGAGAUGCCUGACUGCAACUUUGAAGGUUUAGAGAUCCUCAAAGCGGAAGUAACUGUACUCGAAUGUUGAAAGAACUUAAAUAUGGACUCUUUGGCAAAAUCUGUAUUAACGAGUAAAGUAAACUCCGUCACCGAUUCAGUAAGCAAAGGUUUCGGCUUUGGGGAUGAAAAAAAAGAGGAAAACGAAGCCGGUGGCCUAACAUUAAAGGAAGCGCGUAAAAUCGAAGAGAAAGAAGCAGAGAAGGCGAAGAGGCAACAGGUUUAUGCCAAACGCAGCGAAGAAAGACAGAAAAAACGCGAUGAAAUUCGAGCUAAAUAUGGAUUGUCGAACGAGAAAAACUGUAGAGAGAAGACAGACGAUAGUGCUAAUAGUGAAGAAAAGUCUUGUAUCGUCAUGUAAAUUGUGCGAGUCGUGGUUGAGUAUUUAUUACAAUGUAUUGAAGUGUAAAAUUUUGUAUAAAACUGUCUUAAUACUUGUUUGAGACUUACAGCGUGUAUAAUUUUUAUCCGUUGGCAUUGUUUAAUGUUCAUAAUGGCCAUGUCAUGUUGUAUUGACUAAAGAUUUUUCUUGUUCAAAACCGGAUGAAACCUAACAUACAUGUAUAACCUUGUCAACUACCUGUGGCUGUGGCAGGAAAUUGGGUUUCAUCCUUUCAGAAAUGGAAAAGAUAAAGAUUCUAGGUCAUCUUUAAACUCAGUCCUUCAAGCAAAAUCAACUUCAACCAUCAAACUAAGUCCUCGGACAAAAUCGAAUACAAUUUGAAAUAGUGCAUCCAUAUAAUACAUAAAUAUAAUUGCUAGAGUAUAAUUUUCAUAGUUUAGCAUUGACAAUGACUCCAUGAUGAAGUAAUAAUUAAAAAAUUCCAAAUUCAA